GUAGGAAAAUUAUUCUAAAUUGUUUAUUUGAACAUUGAGCUAUGAAAAUUACACAUUCAAAGUAUUCGAUAUGAGGUAUAGGUAAUACAAGGAAAUGUGUGUGAUGCCAGCUGAUGAAGGCGUGCUUUGGGGUGCUUUAGGGGCACUGUCCCGGGUGGUCUGGAUAUUUGGUAUAUGUCCUGUAAGUCGCUCCCCAAAAGUAGAAGUGUCCAAAUGGAAAAGUUUCUAUGGGAGAUAUAUUCUACUUACGGCUUUGAUGUCUGUUUUUCUUUGGAUUUCCUACGGUUACACUAAAAUCCCAAACCUUACUAUUCUCGAUGUAGUUGGCUAUUUAUUAGAACUCUCACAAAUAGUAAUCGUUAUAUUUUCUAUUUGGAAAGCUCCAGAGCGUAUUAGAAAAUGGGUGAAGUGCCUAGAGAAUAUGGAUACGAUAAUAGAAAGAAGUGAGUCCUUAAUGAAGAAUGAAAGGAAAUGGAGCAUAUCAUCUAUUGGAUAUCUGUUAGUGAUACUACCUUUGAUAGCGCACGUAAACUUUCUUUAUUCAUGCAAAGCGUAUGGUUGUUCUUAUCUGUUUUUUCUAAAAGGCUGGGCGCCUUCAUUUCCUUCUGUUAUAACCGUCAACUCCAUGAUAUUCCUGAUUUUUCUUUAUGUGACUCGAAUAAAAAUAGCGCUAGCUGCAAUCAAUCACGAAUUGAAACAUUUGCUUGACUAUUCAGAAGGUGAAUAUAAAAACGAUAGCAGAAAAGUAACAUUACGCAACAAUUACGUUAAUGCCCAAUCAGCUCAAACCAACGAGCCACGUCAACUUCUACUCAUAUCUGAGAGGAUCCGUAACUUGGCGCAUUCCUUCUCUUCUGUGUGUGAGGCGAUAGAAAGUGUCAAUGAUACAACGGGAAUUAUAGUGUUGUUCGUAAUAGCUAGUGGUGUACUAUGUAUCAUGGCAGGCGCUAUGAUAUUUGUUACCUUGUUCAUCAAAAAAGAAUCACUUGGAUCAAUCGUAAUACACUUCAUAUGGUGUUUGAAUAUUAUAUUUUCUAAAUUUAUUAUACUGAGUGAACCGUGCCAUUCAGUGCAUAAAAAGAUGUCUCUCAUGCGUACCCAUUUAAUAAUGUUACAAAAGAAAAAUAUCUACAAUGAGAGGAUAACGAAUGAAUUGAAAAUAUUCUUUUUACUAACAUAUCUCAAUAAAAAGAAAAUAUCCCCUAUGAAGAUAGGUACUAUCGACCGAUUAUUGACACUUAAGAUUCUACAAUGUGUAACAACUUACUUAGUGGCCGUGAUAGGGCUAAAAGUUUCAACAACACACAACAAACAUUUCAACUAUGAAAGUGUAGAUAUUUUAUCAAACUAGCUGUGUUAAAAAACCGCAAAUUAAAAAAAUAUUUUACAAUAAAAAAUGAAAUUUCGUUUGCAUGGAAUUGUCACUAAUUCAAUUUAGAACCGUGCCAACCGAUUUUUUUUAUAUUGCGAGUGUAUACCGACAACAGAUGAAAACAUCGUCUCUGAAAAUUCAUCAGCUCUUUACUUGAAAUACAGGCUAUGCUGAAAAACGAGAAUACAGACGGUCAUUGAAGUUAUA